CUCCUCAUGAGUCAGAUCACUUCCACCUUCCAUGGCUUCGGGGACAGGAUAUCGAUGUAAAAACCCGGCAAGGGACAUCCUUGAUUUUGAUUCCAGCGGUCUUCCAUGUGAUUCCACCGGCAUAUUGACAUUACCAAGAGAGUCGAGAAGCAGGGCGUCCAUGAACCCCCUGGCUAGUCGAUUCCCCCUUGAAAUCCUUCAAGAGAUUCUCCUCGACCUGGAUCUAGCCAGCUUGGGGAUGCUACGUCUAGUGGACACGGUAUCUGAAUGUCUAGUCGACUCGCUUCCCGCAUACUCACUGUUGAAGGCUCAUGCCAGUGAAGCCCUCUGUCUCAUGUACGAGAUGAGAUGUACCUCCUAUUUCUCCAUCCGAAAGCUCUUCAGCGAGUUUUGCAAUCCCCGCUGUCUGACCUGUUCCGAUUUCGGGCCCUUCCUAUACAUCCCGAAUUUCACCCGUUGCUGCUAUAAAUGCAAUUUCACCCGACACUCAUAUGAACUGGCUCGAGUGUCCGACAUCCGCUUCCGUUUCGGUCUCAGCGAGAAAGACCUACAACCCAUCCCCAUCAUUUACAACCUAUCACAGCCCCUAGUUCGCCUAGCGCGCAUCGCUCCAGCAAGAGCCUUAGGGAAAAGGAUCCAUGGCAGCAAGGAAGAAAUGGACCGCGCAUACGAAGAGCGUGUGGCGGAACACCGGAAGAGCUAUGAGCGUCGGAUGGAACAAUGGGAAAACGACAACAGACAAGGAAUACACAGGGCCCGACCCCGGUUCCGACCCGUUCGUCAACAACUGGGCAUUGAAAACGAUGAGACAUGUUUGUGCUUAAAUGCCACGGAAGAAGGCAUGGUGAGCGACUGGACAGACCCGGAUGAGGUCUGGCAUGCACACCCUCCGAGCAGAGAGGCAUAUUAUCGAGCGUUUUUGGAGGAUGAUUUGCCUGAGCAUUUUCGAACCUGUACUGCAUUGAAGCGGAACUAUGACCUUGAAAGCAGCUAUGUGUGGCCGGAUGAUUAUAGGAGGGAAAGGAUUGAUUUUAUUGUGAGGCCUAAGGAUACGCCUGAUCUGGGAUGAUGGAUCAAGUUCAUUCUCUCUGCUCAUGACAUCGAUGUGGAUCAGGUUUACUUUUCAAGGGG